CUCAACAUAGACUCGUCACUCGCUCUGGGCCGUCAAAACGAUUGAAAAGCGAGUCAACUCGUCCAGUUUUCGAUAAAAUGACAAGGCAUGGGAAAGAAGAGGGUGAGUGGUUAAGGAAGAACCGAAAAUGGGCACUUUGCUGAAGUGCUACAAACCCUUGUUCCUAAUCCAACUCUCCGCAUUUCCCAACUCAGCUCGGACGUUUCGACUCGGAACUCACCGUUUCUUCACCUUCCGCAAAGCCAAUAUCCGCUGCCUGAGUUCUCCGAGCUCUUCACAACCGUUGGUCAAAGAGAAAAUUCGCGGCAAACCUGAGAAUCCAUGGCCGUCGGAGCUUUGGCUGCACAACACAAUGAGCAGAAAGAAGGAGGCUUUCAAACCCAAAGUGGAAGGCAAAGUGGGUAUGUAUGUUUGCGGAGUCACUGCCUACGAUCUCAGUCACAUUGGCCAUGCUCGCGUCUAUGUCACUUUCGACGUUCUCUAUAGAUAUCUUAAACAUUUGGGGUACCAAGUUUGCUAUGUUCGCAAUUUCACCGAUGUCGAUGACAAAAUAAUUAAUAGAGCAAAUGAAUUGGGAGAGGAUCCGAUCAGUUUGAGUAGACGGUUUUGCGAAGAGUUCAAUCAAGAUAUGUCCUAUCUUCAAUGCCUGCCUCCUUCUGUGGAACCGCGAGUGUCGGAUCACAUGCCACAAAUAAAAGACAUGAUCAAGAAGAUUAUUGAUAAUGGGUAUGCCUACAUAGUUGAUGGGGAUGUAUACUUCACUGUAGACAAGUUUCCAGAAUAUGGGCGUCUAUCUGGGCGGAAGUUAGAAGAUAACCGAGCUGGUGAGCGAGUUGCUGUUGACUCAAGGAAGAAAAAUCCUGCCGAUUUUGCUUUAUGGAAGUCAGCAAAGGAGGGGGAACCCUUCUGGGACAGUCCAUGGGGUCCUGGAAGACCUGGUUGGCAUAUUGAAUGUAGUGCCAUGAGUGCAGCUUAUCUGGGUUACUCUUUUGAUAUACAUGGUGGAGGUAUGGACCUUGUGUUUCCUCACCAUGAAAAUGAAAUUGCUCAGAGCUGUGCUGCUUGCGAGCAGACUAAUAUAAGCUAUUGGAUACACAAUGGAUUUGUCACUAUUGACUCAGAGAAAAUGUCCAAAUCCCUUGGAAACUUCUUCACAAUUAGGCAGGUUAUAGACGUUUACCAUCCAUUGGCUUUGAGACUUUUCUUGUUGAGCACCCACUAUCGGUCACCAGUCAACUAUUCUGAUGUACAGCUUGAAAGUGCUUCAGACCGUAUUUUCUAUAUCUAUCAGACAUUACUUGAUUGUGAAGAUGUUCUAAGCCAACAUGAUGAGGCAACUCGGAAAGAUUCCAUCCCACCUGAUACCGUUGAUGGCAUCAAUAAGUUUCAUAACGUUGUUGUGGCAUCAAUGUCGGAUGAUCUUCGCACUCCCGAUGUUCUGGCUGCACUAUCUGAUCCAUUAAAAACAAUUAAUGAUCUUGUACAUACUCGUAAGGGAAAGAAACAAAAUUUACGAAUAGAAUCACUUGCAGCUUUGGAAAAGACAAUCAGGAAUGUGUUGAGUAUUUUAGGACUCAUGCCUGCAAGUUAUUCCGAGAUCCUACAUCAACUAAGAGAAAAAGCCUUGAAGCGUGCCAAAUUAACAGAAAAUCAAGUCUUGCAAAAAAUUGAGGAAAGGACAAUAGCAAGGAAGAAUAAAGAAUAUGAAAAAUCAGAUGCAAUCAGAAAAGAUUUAGCUGCUGUGGGAAUUACCCUUAUGGACAGCCCAGAUGGAACAACCUGGAGACCAGCUGUACCACUUGCACUUCAGGAGCAGCAGGUUACAGAAACUUAAAUGGCAUCUGAGAUCAAUAUUCUAACAACUCGUCAUUAUUACAAUACAUUACAGAUUAGGGUGACUUUGUGUUUUUUAUUAUUUGGCAACAUGUGGAGGAUGCCAUUAGGGAGAGUGGGUACAUGAUGUUGGAAUUAUAUCUUGACAUUUUCUCCGUUGAGCAUGAGGUCGAAGUUUUUGGCGACUUGUAAUUAGCGAUAUAAGUUUUGUUAAAGUGAAAUAGUUAUGUUAUCACCAUAAGAUGUAAAUGAUUUUUGCAUCAAAUUUGUAUCUACUGCAAUAUUUUGAUGC